AUGAAUAUAGGAGACCCCGAAACACAAAUUGUGGGUGGCCGUGAUGCCCCUUCAGGAAAGUUUCCUUACCAAGUCUCCCUGAGAAAAAAUGGCAGACAUUUCUGUGGCGGUUCCAUCAUCAGCUCUCGACACAUUCUUACUGCAGCCCACUGUGUUAAAGGAUUGGAGACCCAGAAGACCAUCACUGUCGUAGCUGGAUCGACACAGUUGAACUCGGGUGGAGUUUCUUACAAAAUGCAGAAGGCUGUCCGUCAUAAAGGAUUCAGUCAAUCGACAUUUGUCAACGAUGUAGCUGUAAUUCGUGUCAAUAGAAACAUUACCUUCAACAAAUUGGUCAAACCGAUCAAAUUGGCCUCGGGUCGCAGAACUUACGAUGGAUAUUCUUGUGUUUUAUCCGGAUGGGGGUCGCUUCAAACUGGUGGUAAUGUAUCAAACAAUCUGCAGUCCAUAAAUCUAACCGUCCUAAGCGUACCAAAGUGCAGGGAGACAUACAGAAGUGUACAAAAUUCUCACAUCUGUACUUACACCAAAUAUGGCGAAGGUAUAUGCGACGGUGAUGCUGGUAGUCCUCUCGUUGUGAAGGACAUACAGAUUGGUAUCGUAUCCUUCGGAACACCUUGCGGUGUUGGAAAGCCUGAUGUCUACACCAGAGUGUCAUAUUUUCAGUCCUGGAUCAAGCAACAACAGAUAUAUCUCGCAAAUACCGAAUAUGCUUUACUACCCGAGGACUCCGUCUUAAUUGUUUAA